GCAUUUGUUAAAUGUUAAAAGAUACUAAAUUUGUAAAAUACCUAAUUCUACUUUUUAGAUCCAAAUAUUUAUUUCGUUCACUUUGUUUUAUGGUUCCUACAAAGGGUAUGGGGAGCUCUAGUAUACAUUUUGUUACCUUAUGGAUAUGGUAAAUCAGAUAUUGCAAUCCUUUCGGUUAUGCCUGUGAUUGGAGGAUUUCUUAGUUCCUUAAUUAUUCCUACAAUUUAUAAAAGUUGGGGAAAAUAUAAACCCAUUAUUAUUAUUCUGGAAUUUUGCACUAUUUUUACCUUCUAUGGAUUCCUUUGGGGAUGCUAUUUAUAAAACUAUAUGAUGAUGCUUGCAAUGGCAACUCUGCAAGGGUUCUUCAUCUUGCCUGCAAUACCUUUGUUAUUGGAAUGGGGUUGUGAAUAAAUAUACCCAUUAAAUGAUUCUUUCUGCAUCGGAUUACAAUAUUCAGGUGCCACUAUGGGAAGUUCCUUUAUUGCUUAAAUAGUUAGUAUGGUUAUUUAUGGCAAAAAAGCAACAAAGUACAAUAUUGUAUUUAUAAUAUUAGAUUUGAUGGAUUUAUGGGAAUUACAAUAAUAUGUGCAUUAUAUACUUUAGCAAUUCUAAGCAUAUUAUUUCUCAAAGAAGUUAAACAUAAGUUAGCGUUAAAAAAGUCAUUCGUUUCUCCUUCAGAUUAAAUUGAAGAAGCCUUUCCGCAUCCAUACACUGAAGUAAAUCCUCAUGAUUUGGGUCUAUUUGAUCCUGAUAAGGUUAAGGAUGAGGAUGAUGAUACAGGAGGAGAUGAUAACUUAAUUGAAAAUGAAUAAAAAGAUCACGAAUAAAAUAAUAAUCAUUCAAAUCAUAGAUCAUAUCAAGCAGGAAACUCAAUUGGAGGAGGGACAGGAGGUUUUAUUGAUGAUUGA